AAUUACUUGAUAUUGUUCGCUGUCCCCCACAUUAGCUACGCCACUGAAAAAAUUGAGUCCCAUGGAAUUAUAAAGGGCCACUUUCAAAGUUUCGUCUAUACUUGGAGCUCUGAGUUUACAUUGACUUUUGUCAGGUUAACAUUCAACCAAAGUUUGACGGAUAAAACAUUAGCUGUAGGUGUUUACUUCACGCUUCAAAAGACCCCGUGGUUUGCCUGCCAAGGGCAAGACACCAGAUACUACACUAAUUACAUUGAUAUCUUCUGCCAGCUGUCGCUCCCAAUCGACGAAGUCAACAUUACCAUAGUUGGCGCGCAAGGCCUAUUCAUUCCUGAUAUUGGCAUUAGCGAAGAGUGUCCAAAAGGUACCUACGGACAGUUCUGUAUCUUACAGUGCCCCGCUCAUUGCCGCGACCAAACGUGUCAUCUACAAACUGGACAUUGUGAUACAUGUAAGCCAGGGUACCAGGGUCCUUACUGUGACAUAAAAUGUUUGCCAGCAUUUUAUGGUGAGAAUUGUCUUCAUAGAUGUCGGGAUAACUGUUUUAACAGAAGUUGUGAUCCAAUAACUGGCUUUUGUAUCCAAUGUAGGCCCGGGUCGUCUUUUAAAAUGUGCCCGAGAGCAGUGAAAUCCAUCAGAAAGACAAACUAG